UCCCCAGCGUCGACAGCGGACAAUGCAGCCGGCGGGCGUAAUUGCCACAAUGGCAGCUCUGCUUGUAGCAAACGGGACCUACUCGGUGCUGGAUAGCGUCUGCUGGCACCUCAACAACGUUACUGAGUCUGGGAGAAUCUCUAAAUUCAGGCGCGUUGAAGAUUUGGUGCGAUGGAACUACUGUAUUGAUGAAGUUUGGCCAGCGAAGAUGAGAACGUGCGACAGCUCGGAGCAGCCGCUCCUCGCGUGGUCAGCUGCGCAGCGCCUGACAGACCGCAUCUGGGACUCCGGACUGUCGCCGCCGCCAGCAGGUGGAGCGGAGGAGGGAGGGGGGUGCGCCGCCGCCCUGGCGCAGCUGCGCCGCCUCACGUAUAACGAAGCCUGGGAACUCGUCCAGAAGCUCGACUGCCAGAUCGCUGACGACUGUAUCGACUCCCGCCGUGUACCGAGGUUGAACAACAUGGAAUGGAACGUGACAACGCUGCAAACGGCUGAUCUGAGGCAUCAUAUCCUGUCCCAGUCAGCGCAUGCUGUUCGACGCAUCACAAGAGCCACGUUAAGCAGGGUGAGAUGUGAGAGGCGGCGUCUUUUUGAGUUUGAGUGGAGGAAUAAAACUGCACUCCAGGACCAGGCGACUGUUUUCCGGAAAGGACUCUCCAGCUACUGGCGGGACUUGGCGCCGCUGCUCUCACUCGAUGCGACGCACGCCUCACAGCUGUUGGUUCCCCUCGCAUUCGAACGUAUGGGUAACCACGCAAGUGAUCAGCAACUCCACCGUUGGAUUAAGGACAUGAAACGUGUGAAAGACAUGCUGCGCACGAAAUCAACCGGAUGGUUACAGGACUUGCAAUUCGCCAACAAACAGGUGGAGCACUACGAGGUGGAAGAAGACAAGGACAGGCCAGGGCAUGUGAUAAUCAGGCGGCCGCUGUUGAGUGUACGCCUGCUGAGCUAUCAUCCGUGGAGCCUCUCCUUUGACGACGACUUCAGUGCGCUGUGCAAGGAGCAGCAGCCAGAGGCGUCGCAGAUGUUCAGCCUCGCUGACGAUCUGUACGCCUUCCAUCGUACCUACUGGUUCCGGGCAGCUGAGUUCAUCUUUUCAUUCCACGAUUACGAUUUCAAGAUUGUAGGUAAGUUUAAUACUGGGACCCGGCCACUUCACGGUUAUGCGCUGACAACUGUUCAGUUGUUCGAGGAAUGAGAUUCAAAUAUCUUUCUGAAUUUGUAGUUUUAGAUCUUGCGUGAUUUUGUACGCCACGCAAGAUAAUCUCUGGUGCUCUUUCCAAAGGCAGUUUUUUGAUUCCUCGGCAACUCUCCGUCUGGAUCUAUGACAAGCUAACUACUUCAUUUCGAUGUAUUAUUGACUUCUUCAUUAUGCAGGGACUAAAAAAAGACUACGUACACAAAAUUUUGGA